AUGACGUCCACCACCCCAAAGGCGAUCUCUCUCCGCGUCGGAAUCCUCCUGAUUCCACCGGUGCAGCUCCUCGAUGCCUCGGCCAUUGAUCUCUUUGGUAUGCUCACCCAUGAAUACCUCGAAGCAUGCGGCCUGCCCAAGCCGCUCAUUGAGCUAGCUAUCCCGGUCGAAAUCCACUACAUUGCUGCCUCCGGGUCAGGUACUCACGCCUCCAUGACGUCCUCCGCGACGCUCCCGGUGACGGACCCUCUGUCAUCGCCAGCCGUUCAACCGGGUCAACUCGAUGCACUUCUCAUCCCAGGUCCAGAUCCGAAUCUGGUCCCCGACGAGGAUGUGUUGGCUUUCCUCCGCGCGCACAAGAAAGCCGACAAGACCGACUUCUUGAUCAUCUGCACCGGAAGCUUUCCUGCGGGCUAUGCAGGGCUUCUGGAUGAGAAGAGAAUCACCGGCCCACGAGGUAUAUUGGGCAAAUUGAAGGACAAAUUUCCCGCAGCAAAGUUUGUGGAUAGGAGAUGGGAGAGAGAUGGAAAGAUUUGGUCGUCUGGCGGGAUCACCAACGGUCUAGAUCUAACAGCAGCGUAUUUGCACUACAAAGUUCAAAAGGAGCUUGCCGAUCUUGUCUGCGCCAUGGCAGAAGUGGGUGAUCGCGACCAAGACUACGACAGCGGCAAAGUGAGCAACACACUUUGGUGGAUGUGGUUGAUGUUGCGGUCGUUGGUGAAAGGUAAGAGUAAAGGAGGCAGCAAGGAGAGAAAGAUGGAAGAGUGA